GGGAGGCAGAUAAAGAGCAGAGGCAGCAGCAGAGGGAGCAGAACGCAAACGCUGGCCUACAGGAGAGACGCCAUCACUCAUCUGCAGCGUCAGAGAAGAGAGGAGAGGAGGAGGAGCACCCGAACCACCCACCAGGAGGAGGUUUCUCCCAGACAGACGCUGACUUACUCCAGCUCACAGACAACGGGGAAACCAGCAAAACUCAGCAGGAGAUCCCUCCACGCUGAUCCCAGAGGCGCUGGCUCACAGAGGUGCAUCAUGGGAACUUCUUAGACCUGUACCCACCUGAGCACCGUCCACACACAGCAUGCUGGCCAGGUUAUCCCAAAGGAAGAGCGCUCCAGGAGGAGCCAGAGGGCUGCUGCUGCUCCCUCUGCUCCUCACAAUGAUGAUGAUGGUGGUGACGAUGGUGAAGGCUGCCAGCGUUGAUGAGGUGGAGAGCGAGGAGGGUCAGGAGAUCAUGGAGGACGAGGAGGCCGUCAGUGGAGAGCUGCAGGACCUGACCUCCUCGGAGUCGGGCAGAGUGUCUCCUCAUAGCUCCUGGCUCAUCUUCAGAAGGAACUCCAACAGAGGGGACAACCGCAGAAGCAAAGGGCCCCGGAGAACCUCCAAGCAUGGUCUUCCAGGCCCUCCAGGCCCUCCAGGACCUCAGGGGCCUCCUGGUCCACCUGCAGCCCUCCUGCCCCAACAACAGGAGCUGAUCCAGGAGCUGAAGGUGAAGCUAAAAGGUGAGACCUCCAAACACGUCAGCACAGAAUUAAAAUAAUAAUAAUAAUAAUAAUUGCAUUUAUAUAGCGCUUUUCUA